AUGCAGGCUUUCAGCAGCGAAGGAGGAAAGAAGUCGCAUACAAUGAUUGCAUACUCGACCACUCCUUGUCCCAAGGGGCACAUCGAGGAGGACCCAAACGUGGACUACGAGAUGCUGCUCAGAGGAUUACGAGCUUGUGCUGAGCGUGCCUCGAAGCCGCUCACGACAAACUUGGAUCGAAUUUCGAAGACCACCAAGGAAUUGUUGGAACGAAGAAGGGCUUUGAGGCUUGAUCUGAAUGCAUCGUAUAUUGAGCGAUUAGUAGUAUACACUGGCUGCAGAAAAGCGUUGCAAGAGGAUCUUUUGAAAUACAGGCAGAAGAAGAUUCUGGAAGCAGCACAAAGAACAACGAGUUUAAAGAAGUGCCACAGGGAUCUCCGCAAAUAUAAUAUUCUGCUAACAGCCUUGCUGAGCGAAGACGGGACUCCAUUACGGGGAGGCUCUACUCGAACCUUUUCCUUUCAUCAACUCCUGUGUCAAGCCCGAUCAUUCCCACUGAUGAAGCUCCACCACAGAAUCUCCCUUCGGAAGUACGAGUCGCUAUCAAGAGCAUGA